AUGGCAAAGCACCAUGAUCAUCCAAAGUUCCAGUGCCACAGUAACACCUCUCCACUCCGGUUCAUCUCUGCUAACCACUGGUUAAUCUCCCCAAACUGGCUUGUACACAAUGCCCCCACCUCGUUGGCAGGGUGUGGGGCUUCGUUCGGUCGGAGUUCGCCUCACCCGCAACCAUCGCUGCAGGCGGUCAAGCCAAAUUUGUGGUGA